CUUUCUUUGCUUGGUUAUUGUCUCUCAUUGGAAUGUACACUCCCACCAGAAAGCGGCAAGGACUGGGCCUGUUUGCUACCAGAUCUCCAAGGUUCAGACACUGCCUGACAUUUUCAAUUUCAGUUGUAAAACAUUUUAGUGGAUGAAUGAUGAUAAUCAGAAAAAAAACAAGAUAUUUUGAGCCUUUUGUUAGUGGAUAAGAACCCAAAUUCUGUAAAAUAAUUUAAAGAAGUUUAUUCUGAGCCAAAUCGUGUGACCGGCCCGGAGCACAUGGCCUCGAGAUGUCCUGAGAAAAUGUGCCAGCGGUGGCCAGGCUGUCUUAUCAGUUUCCUCUGGAUUGUGGUCUGGCCAGUCUGGUCCUGGAUGUCAAGGAGGAGAAUUUACACUCCAUUUCUGUCUGCUCAGAUCUUUUCAAAUGCUGUAAAAACCAUCUCCACAAGUGGUUAAUCGUAAAGACAAUAUACUGUUUUCCGAACACUAGAAUUCAGCACAGCACCUGGCACUAAAAAGGGAUCAAAAGUCACUUAAUAAGUAAAUAAAUGAGUGAUAUCCAUACAACCUAGACAUGACUGACAUUGAGCAUUUUAUUUUUGAAGUCUUACCCGAAAGGAAGUGAGUCUGAGGUGGACUGCUCUAACUGGAAGCACCGCGGAGAUGAAACUCACGGCAGGAAGCCACAUACCAUCGAUGUACCGGGUGGCAACACGUUUGUGUCAUGUGAAUAGACAUGACAAAAACAGCCCUCCUUAAAUUAUUUGUGGCAAUAGUGAUCACAUUCAUUUUAGUUUUGCCGGAAUAUUUCAAGACAUCAGAAGAAAGAAUGUUGGAGCUAUCAUGUCUGGAAGUGUGUUUACCACCUAAUUUCAACUAUUCUGUCUCCUACCUAAAUUUUUCCUUUGUAACUUUUCUGCAACCAGUAAGGGAAACUCAGAUUAUCAUGGGAAUCUUUCUAAAUCACUCCAAUUGUCAGAACUUCACAAGGAUUUGCCAAGACAUCACAAGUGAAUUUAAAAUGUGCUCCUCGUGUUUGGUUUGUGAAUCCAAAGGAAACAUGGAUUUUAUUUCUCAGGAACAAACAUCAAAAGUUCUUAUCAUGAGAAGAUCAACAGAAGUGAAAGCAAAUGAUUUUCAUUCUCCGUGUCAACAUUUUAACUUCACUGUAGCUCCUCUAGUUGACCGAUUGGAGGAAUAUGACUCUGUCUGUGAUCUAAACUCCCACACUAGAAAGUCAGCGAUCAUGGAUGAAGAGCCAACCAAGGAAAAACCUACAAACGAUACUUGCAGAAUUACAGAAUACCUGAAUAACUGUGUACAUGUUUCUUUGCACCUAGAAAUGGAUGUAAAAAAUGUCAUUUGUUCCAUGAAGAUCACUUGGUAUGUUUUAGUUUUAUUAGUUUUUAUAUUUUUGAUCAUCCUCAUUUUCCACAAAAUACUCGAAGGCCACAGGAGAGUGCAGAAGUGGCAGAGUCAUAAAUACAAAGCUACGUCUGUUCUCCUGCGAGGAAGUGAUUCUGAGGAGCUGAGGGUGCUGAUGGUGCGGGUUAUCUCAGGGGAGACCACACAGAGACUGCCUUUGGCUCAGGUCAAGGAAAAGCUUCCCCCAGUACCAGAACUGUAAGUCGCUUCCACAGUGCGUCAGCGAGAUCAAUACACACGACUAUCCCUGGGCAAUUUGGACUGAAUCAUUUAGAAGAACAGAAGAAUACUCAUAAUUUAUUUUGGGAAUGAGCAGACUGGUAAAUGUUUGGAUGCACCGUAAGAAAGCAGUAGAAAUGCUGACUGGUUAAUGCAAACUGGCGCAAGAGUGUUCAUUUGACCCAUGAGAUCAAGGGAAUAUGAGUUUUUUCAAGAAGCCCUUAUGAGUCAUGGAAAACAAGCGGAUGAAAUUCAUGGAAGCAGCAAGACAACGCACACUCUCUUUUUUUCAUCUACCAUUUUACAGCUUAAAAUGGACCUAAGAUUUUAGUUUUGAGGAACCAAAAACAGGAUCAAGGAUGAAAAAAUCCUUUCUCUCAUCGGGCCACAUUGCAGAUGCUGAUUUGAUGGUUUUUGCUAUACAGAUGGAUUGUUUCUGUUAGUAUUUAUCAAAUGACUUAGAAGGGCCUGGGUUGUUUGUUUAUGCAUUCAUUUGCAUUUAUAAAUCUUGCCUCCUUUUGGCACCAGGGUGGUUUAAAAAAAUUCAAAGAUACCAAAAUGCAAUGAAUUUAAAUGAAAUACUUGGGUAUUUAAACCUAAUAGUAAAAGGUCUCCUCUGAUUCCUUUGGCUUUCCUAUUGUUACAGCCAUCAUUGAUGUCAAGGAUAAUUAUAGUCAUUAACUCUAAUACAAAGCACAUAUAGACAAGAGGGCAGCUCUUAACAUUGAAAAAUAUGAAAGUACUUUCCUAGAGUUAAGGUGGAACUUAAUCUCCUGGCAUCAUUAUAUGUUAGAAUUGCUUAUCUGAGUUGAUUUACAGAGUUUAGCUGCAGGGUCAGAUUUAAUAAUGGGAUUCAGGACAUGCUACCCCAUAAUAUGGCACCCUGGCAUAUUGAAGGGAUUUGAGAGAAUGGCAGAAGCAGCAAGGUCACUCUGACCUUCACCUGCCACCCUUCUCUGAGGAAGGUAAUGAAACCUUUUCUGACCUUCCUGUCACACGGAUCACGUGAGAGGCGACCUCCCUGUGCUCAGAGAAUCGCUUCCUCGCCUCUGAAGACGGGACGCAGAGGAGUCUGAACAAACAGGCCUUGCUAAGUUUCCCCCAGUUUAUUGCUGUCAGGGCAAACUCUUUUUGCACAAUCAGAGAUCUCCACAACUCUUCAUUCUUCAUCAAACCCGCAGUAAGAACACUCAGGUCUAACUGUCUCUUCGGCUCUUUGUUUCCUUACGAAGACUCUUGUGCCACAUAGAACUUAUUUAACUGAAUUAGUGUGUCCUUGGCUUGUUAAUCUGUUAUUGUAGAGGCCUCAGCUAUGAACUUAGAGGGGUAGAAGGAGAAGAUAUUCUUCCCUUCUACAUAAGUAACCUAACAGGAAUGAAUGUGCCAGUACACAGAGGUUUUUCUGGUACUCUGUUUUUUUUUUUUUUUUUUUUUUCUUUUUCCUUCUAGAUCACAAACUGAGAUUCUAAUUGUAAAAUUUAGGGACUAACGAUUUGGCAAGUGGAAUUCUACCAGUCUCACCUUUUCUUGUCUGUGUAUCCCUAAUUAAUAGGUGAGUCAAGCUCAGGUCUGGGGUUUUUCAACAGGAGUGCAGUCUAUGCGGUAUGAAUAUUAUGCAAUUUCUGCAAAGCCCAAUUAUUGUUUCCCUGCACAUCACCCAUUGUGUUCUGACAAGUGACUUGGAAAUCAGUGAGAACUUGGCUUACAAAAGGCAUAAAUUAAGCUUCAGAUUCUGUAAAAUUGCAGCAGCUUUCAGGAAGGUAAUUUCACUUAUUUAUUAAAAUAAUAGACUUCAACAGAUAGUGGGAAGCACACAAAGAUGUGGGUAGCCCACUCCCUGCCCGCGAAGGACGUUCGGUCUGGUGGAGGGGACGGCGUAGGCACACCCCGGGGGAGGGAAGUGUCGUUUGCAGGAAGUGUGCCUCCUGUACACGGUUGCGGGCUCGCAGGGUCGCUGCCAGUCGCGGGGAACCUGGCAGGCUCUUUGAGAAGGUGGCUUUGAGCAGGGUCUUCCAGACGGCUUCUCCUGAUCUCUCAGUGGUCAAACCUCCCGCGUGUGCGUGUUCUCAGCUCCCACAGCCCUUUUGUAUCUGCCCUUUACAGUUCUGUUGCUGGUUGUUAAUUAAUCUCUGUCUCCGUCUCUAGGCUGGAAGCUGCACGAGGGCAGGGAACAUGUCUGGUUCUGCUCACCCCAGUGUCCCUGGCGGCUAGUAGGUGUUUGGCUCACAGUGGCUUCUUCGUAAAUGCUUGUUGGGUGGAGAACUAUUUAUUGAGCCCCCAUUAUACAUCCGGCACGGGCCGUGUGAAUUCUCAUUUCUUCCUCACGAUGACGCCUCAAGACAGGUGUCAUUCCCCUUGAGGAAGCUGAGGCCAAGGGCAGCUUGCAAAUCCUGCUGAGUGCUGGCAUCCAACCCUGGGUUGGUCGGGCUGCAGAGCCCGUCCGGCUCCUACUACCUGCAAAGGGAGCAGAAUGGACGGGGGCUGCUGAGAGAAGGGGCUGCGGCCUAGACCACCAUCAGCACUCUCUUCUGGGAGUGCAAGGAAGCUGGGUCACCUGCGGCCUAGAAGAAGAUGACCGGCUGGAAUUGCUACAUAGUCUCUGGCCCUGCAUGUCUUGCUUAGCCUGGCAUUCUGCCCCCUCCCCUCCCAACUGACCCCAAUAAAAACCAACCAUGGGCCUUGGUGUCUGGCAUGACGCAUGGCUUCCAAUCAACACCGCUGAACCUGGCUUUUAGUGCACUCUGCUUUUCAACUGGUCCCAAAUCUGCCCUUGACCCACCCUGCCCCCACUCCCUGUCACUUAUAGCUUAGUGCUGUGUCCGUGGCUCUCACUGCCGGCUUUCUCCCCAGCUGUGACCCAUACUCACCUCCUUGACCUCUGUGUCCUGCUGAGCAGCCGGGACCUUGACCUCUAUUCAAAGAAUCCAGGUCCAGGUUGUCAAGGGGAAAGCAUGGCAGCAUGCCAGGAGUGGGGGGACACUGGCACUGGAGUGGCAGAGAGAGGGACGGCUGGAGGACAGGCUAUAGGGGAGGCUGGCGGUGCUGCUAAACGUUAUGUUGCAGGGGUGGGAGAGAGGCGGGCAGGGAAAGGAGGAGAGAAGGGACUCAGGUGGCAGUCUUCCAGGCUUCUGCGUGCAGAAAAGAAUAUUGCCCAAGCUUACAGCCACUAGUUUUAGUUUCUGGAAGAAUUUUCCUUUUCCAGAGGAUUCCCUCCCAAAUUUGUACUUUCACCCUACCCUUAAGUUCAAAUCUUUCCCUUCCCGUACUUAGUCAUCCCCGAUGGAGCAGUCAUGCAGACAUCCUUCCCUUCCCUGCUGCUUUUCUACUCUACAUUUGCUGUUUCCUUCCCAUUUUAGAAAUCCUUUACCCUCCAAGGGCAAAUAGGCCACCUUGUCCAUGAAGUUUCCUCUGCUCACUGCGGUUGGAAUAAUGUCUGUUUUUUUCUGAGUUUCCCUGGGGUUCAGUUUUCUUAUCAUGGUAUUUCUGACCUCCUGCCUUGUGCCACAGCUAGUUAUAGUCAUUUCUCUUUCCCUGCCAGACUGUGGGUGAGAACGGAACCACAUCUUGCCCAGCGUCCAUUCCCCAGUGACAGGUAUUGCUUCUCCCCAACCUGCUCCCCGCUUGCAACAUUUGUCUUGGUUAGUGGAGUCUGGAACGUGUUAGCUGUGGAUGCAGGAUGGGGGUUACCUCUAAGAGGAUGCAAUGGGAGAUCUACACAAUAGGGCCUUCUAGCACAAUUAUACUGUUUUUUUUUUUUAAAAUAAACUUGGUGGUGGGUAAAUGAGAGUUCUUCGGGUCAUAAUUCUAAAUAGCUUGCACAUAGUUUAAAAUAUACUUUUGUACCUACUCAAUAUUUUAUGAAAUUAAAUUUAAAAAUAGACAAA